AAACGGCCCCACGAAAGGCAGCACGCCGUUCGCUCGCCAUUUUGCGAACACGAAGUGACAAGUUUGUUUAAAAAUAUUUGCUACGAAGAGUUGACCGUGAAGAAUUUUUUUUUUUUUUUUUUUCCUUUUACUUAACCGUAAAGGAGAGUCAUAUAUAUACUCGUUCGAAAAUUACCAACCAUGGAUGUGAAAAAUAUUAUCGAGGAGGUUCAGGCCAUUAAGGUUUAUCCUCAUAUGAUGUUCAACGCUUCCAAGCUGAAAAUCCUGAGUGACUACGUAGACAUCGCCUUCGGAAACAACGAAUACUUCGACAAUGAAGUGAUGCUGACGCUGUUGAGGCUCUUCUGUUUGUACCCACACUGCUUUGAUAAAAUUGUAAUAAAAAAAAUCCUCGUGUGUGUCCUGUAUAACAUAAAUGACAUAGACAUGAAUACCUACCUAAGUCUCAUUAACCCUAACCUGUAUGAUGACCACAUCAGAAGUAUCGUCUAUCUGUACGACUUGAUUAAAGAGUGUCAUUUUAUUAAAAUGUGGAGUUGCAUUAACAACAACCAAUGGAUGGAUAAUCGAAGCUGUGACUACUCCUUCUUGACAAGUCAUGACAAUUUUAUUUGCAACAUCAGGAAAUACAUACUCAACUGUAUUACUUUAAGUUUUGAAAAUAUUUCUCUUGAAAACAUGGCUGCUUAUUUGAAUUUCCACGAUAUGAACGAACUGGAAAAUUUUUUAAAUGAGAACAAAUGGACCAUUAAAAAGGCUAUGCACAAAGAUGAGGAGGUGAAAAUUUGUUCCAACGGCAACAUAGAAACGAUGCAACAGAAUAAGAAGAGCAUCAAUACGUACUUUAACGAGGACAAUAUAUUAUCUUACAUUAACAAACUUAACAAUUGA